AUGUAUUGUAAUAGCUGCACUUCGGUUAGAAGUUUUAGUGUAAUAUUGGGAAGAAAUUGCAGAUUCCUUCAAGGACCUGAGACUGAUCCAGCAACUGUGAAAAAAAUAAGAGAGGCAAUUGACAACCAGACUGACGUGACUGUACAACUCAUCAAUUACACGAAAAGCGGCAAAAAGUUUUGGAAUGUCUUUCAUCUGCAGCCUAUGCGUGAUCAAAAGAUUCUAGACAGUGGAGAACAGAUAGGAUUGAAGCAUUUUAAGCCUAUAAAGCCCUUGGGAUCUGGUGAUACUGGCAGUGUGCAUUUGGUCCAAUUGUGUGGAACUGAUCAGUACUACCCAUGAAGGCUAUGGAUAAGGGUAUCAUGCUCAAUAGGAACAAGGUAUUGGAUAGUUUGCUGACCAUUAAGUGCAAAUCAAUUUGUUUCAGUGGGAGAAAAAAGGCAAGCAGCAUAUACCCAGCAGCAUAUUGAUGAAGUCAAAAACGAGUGGGCAAAAUUUGUUGUUAAAACAUAUAUGUAAGCUUGUGGGUGGUGAUCGACUUAUUUUGGUAACCUUGAUUUUACAAGAUAUAUAGACAAUAUUAUUAUUACUUGCUAGAUUGAGGUUACUUUUGGUUAGAAUUGCUGGAUUUGAUCAUAUCUGGAUAUGGAUAUGUACUUUUGGAAAUGUUUUAGAUUGGCAAUCUAAGAACAGAUGGCAUUGAUAUAUGACAAUGUUAUAUUUUGGAUU